AUGCCCAUGGAAAUCGAAACCCUCGCUUCGUUGCCGGUACGAGGCUAUAAGCCAGAGAUAGCAAAGCCAACAACCAGCACGAACACCGUAUUCCCAGGAACUCAGGCAGAAACUGAAAGCUUUGAACGUCCUCCACCGCCGUACGAUCAACCAUGUGCUGCCGGAGAGACACUCCAACUAGGAGAGCAGUCUGGAAAAAAGCGAAAGACUCGACUGAUCAUUUGUAUCGAUGGGACAUAUUGUGAUCCUGAUGGUACUGAUACUGGCUACGAAGGCAACAGUACCAAUGUCUUUCGAGUCUCCACAAUCGUUCGCGAAGGCAUUCUCGACGACGGGGAAUGGACACAAAAAGUUGUAUAUCGGCCCGGGCUAAACAACUCAUGGUGGCUCCAUAAGAAGCUAAGCGGUGCGUUCGGACAUGGUCUCGAAGCUCAGAUCAAAGAUACUUACCAGCUCAUCUGUGAGCACAAUCUCGAAAGGCAUGACGAGUUGUUCCUUUUUGGUUUCAGUCGUGGAGCCUACACCGUGCGGGCUGUUGCAGGUCUGCUCCAUUGGAUGAAGAUACCGAAAAUGUCACUUAGCUCCGCGGAGUUCGAGCGUCAUUUCUCUCAAUGCCUUGCUCUGUAUCAAGACAAGAAAUGUGGAAGCCAACAAAGGCAGAACUCGAUCUUCAAUCUGACAAAAAAUUGUCGCGAGCCACCGAUCAUCAAGUUUGUAGGUGUCUUCGACACUGUCAAGGCAUUUGACGAUCAUGACCUCUAUGACAUCAAGCUCAAUAGUUCUAUCAUUCACGCUCGACAGGCUCUGGCCUUGAAUGAACGUCGAACUGCCUUCAGCCCAGAUGUUUGGACUGUUGGGCCGAAAGAAGCUACGGAUUUUCAAGAAGGCACUCGUACCAUGUUGCAAGCAUGGUUUCUAGGAAGGCACUCCGAGAUAGGCGGUUCUAACAAGGAAGAUGGUCUAUCGCUGUACCCACUACAGUGGAUGUUAUCACAAGCUCACGACUGUGGCUUAAUACUUGGUGGAUAUAUCCCGGCCCCUUAUCAUGAUCAGGACGGGAACGAACGCUGCUUUGAGGACACGAAGGAGCUCGUGUUUCCAACUUACUCGGGCCAGAGCUUAACUUCCACCAAUACAGGUCCUUUCUUCAUGACACAUUCCAACGGCAUCGUCACCAAGUUAUGGGACAUGCGAAGGGUGCAUGCUUCGAAUGCAGGUUAUCGUAUCAAGCUCCCAAGUGGAUUGGGCAAUCGACUCCUCUACACUAUGAAGGACCGUGUCAUUUUUGAAUACGGGGAGCUUAUCGGCUAUCACGAAGAUGAACCGUUUGGAACCUUUGUACAUCCCUCGGUAUACAUGAUUUUCGAGCUUGAAGUCCCAAUCAGUGUAAACUCAGAGGGCUGGAACUUUAAACGCCACCUUCUUUCCCACAAAGACAAGAUUCGGUGGACAGAGGGAGAAAUGUUCUGGACACUCCCGAGUGAAGAUAUCGAUGGCAGAUUGAAAGCGGUUCGGAUCUUGAUCUGUGGCGAAGCCGGAAUAGGAAAGUCGACACUGAUAAACAAAGUCUUUGGUGCCGAGGAUUUGACCCCGACGAGUAAAACUGAGCACGGCGUACACGACGUCAAUGUAGGACUGACUGCAGAGGGCGCACACUACAUCAUACACGACUCCUGUGGAUUCCAAUCGGGAAAUGAAAAAGACAUUGAUGAUCUCAUAGAAUUCAUUAAGGGCCGUACCACGGUCUCAGACAUAUCUCAACGCCUUCAUGCUAUAUGGUAUUGCAUCGACAGCUUGAGGAACAGAACCCUCCAGGAUGCAGAUAAGAAGUUGUUUGCCUUACUUGAAACACACGACAGCAAUGUUCCGGUAGUGCUGGUCUCUACACGCCUUGACAGCUCAGAUUGGGACAGAAUUCGAGAGCUAAAAGACGAUGCAGUCGAGCAAUUCAAGGAGGAGACUCGCACGAAUUUCCAACAGACCUAUCCAAGGCUUUCCGGGCUCGUGUUCACCGACGCAGACGAUGAAACAAGUAUCAGUGCUUUGAUGGAACGAACCCUAGGCAGUAUAGACAACGAGUGCGUACGAUCACACUUGAUCAAGGCACAGAUCUGCUCGAUCGAUCCCAAGAUCGAUGAUGCCAUCAAAAAAAGCUUAGAACUAUACAAGCAUGCGGUGAGGACUGCCGCUGCUCCCAUACCGGUGAUAGGCACUGUAGGUGGGCUCGUGAGUACAGCUACCGUUGGAGGCCUCAUAGGCAAGGAGAUUGUUGGUACUUUCGGUUUCUCCGGAACGAGUCUUGAUCUUGGAUGGGAGACGUUGACAACCUGCCUGACGAACAAAAGAGCUCUUCUAGGUGGCAUGAUAGGUGGAGAGUUGUUGACCAACGGUGUGGUUCUCGGAGCAUUAUCCUUUACGUUGCCAUGGGCGAUUCCGAUCGUGUGGGGUACCCGAGCAGCUGUCAAUGUAUUGACAGCUCCACAAUGGGGCAGGAUGCUCUUAAGAACCAUUGCUGACCUUAUACUCAUCAUGGAACGUGCGCAUUGGUAUUCCGAUGAAGGAAAGAUCGAUCAGGACGAUAUCCGCAGCGCUUGCAACUAUUACCAAGAAGGAGACCGACAAGCAAAGGUACAUGUAGAUGUCGACGGUUUACUGGGAACCUUCAGCAUAAACGACACUUUCAACACCACUAAGCUUGCAGCCGGGUUAAGGAUCAUUGUGCAGAAGCACCGUUUCCAGCAGGGUAGCAGGACGCUGACCAUAGAUACAAAUAGCAAAAGAGUGAUGUGGCCAUGUUAUCUAGCUGUCUUAUGUACCAUCGUCUUUAAUCUUAUAGAUCUCUCUAAACUCUAA